GCUCAAAGGUUGUCCUGAGUAAACUUUCAUCUCUAGUUGCUCCAGUGCUCUUAAGGGCACUGACCUGUCCAGAGAACAGUUUUCUUCACUUUGCUGCUUACUUUAGUGCAACAUAGCUCCAAAUCUGGUGUUUAACAAGGAAAUACGACAAUGUCAGGCAGGAUGAAGUUGUUGGCAUGUAUGUGGGCUUUGUGGGUACUUGCCCUCUGUUCUGUCCAUGCAGUCAAAGAAAUCUGCUUCACGAAGCCCAAAGAUUUACCUUUGGAGCCAAUGUGCAUCUACCGCAGCCCGGAUCCUGAAACACAACCAACUGAAAAACCUGAGAAGAUCCCAGCUGGCACCAACCCUCGAGUGUGGGAACUGUCCAAAGCCAACAGCCACUUCGCCCUCUCAUUUUUCAAGCAGCUUGCUGAGGGAAAGUCCAACGAUGAAAACAUCUUUCUGUCACCAAUUAGUAUCUCAACAGCUUUCGCCAUGACAAAGCUAGGGGCUUGUAAUACUACACUGGAGCAGCUCAUGAAAGUGUUUAAGUUCAAUAUGAUAAAGGAGAAGACAUCAGACCAGGUCCAUUUCUUCUUCGCCAAGCUGAACUGUCGACUAUAUCGCAAAAAGCAUGAGACAACAGAAUUGAUCUCUGCAAACCGUUUGUUUGGAGACAAAUCUAUGCUUUUUAAUGAGUCCUACCAGCACAUCAGCGAGAUGGUCUAUGGAGCCAAGUUGCUGCCUCUUGAUUUUAAGGAGAAACCAGAAGCUUCAAGGAUGACAAUAAAUGAAUGGAUAGCCAACAAGACUGAGAACCGAAUAAAAGACACCCUGCCAGAAGGUUCAAUAGACUCCAACACCAUAUUAGUCUUGGUGAACGCAAUCUACUUCAAAGGUCAAUGGAAACACAAGUUUGAUAAGCAAAAUGUCAUGAAUUUAGACUUUCACGUCAGCGAGACAUAUAAGUGUCCAGUCCCCAUGAUGUACCAAGAGAGGAAAUUUAACUACGCAAAAAUCAGUGACGACAAGGUGCAGAUCCUUGAAUUGCCCUACAACGGUGAUGACAUCACAAUGGUGCUCAUAUUACCUACUGAAGGUACAACCCUGUCGGAAGUAAUGGAAAACAUGAAACUCACGAAACUUGAGGGUUGGUUACAAGCCAUGAAAGAGACCACAGUGUCCGUGCAUGUUCCUCGUUUCCGUAUCGAGGACAACUUUAGCCUCAAAGAGCAGCUGACGAAAAUGGGCCUUGAAGAUCUUUUUAGUCCAGAAAAAGCCAGUCUCCCAGGGAUGGUUGCCGAUGAUGGGCCCAACUUGUACAUCUCCAACGCCUACCAUAAGGCCUUCCUUGAGGUGAAUGAAGAAGGUAGCGAAGCUGCUGCCGCCACAGCAGUUGUUGCUACUGGACGUUCCUUAAACAUCUUCCGGGAGAGUUUUGUGGCGGAUCGGCCCUUCCUUCUGCUGAUCCGUGAGUCCAGCAUCAACGCCUUGAUCUUUACCGGCCGAGUCGCAAAUCCUUGUGGGAGCAGCUAACAUGGAUUGGAUAUGGAUCCCACACUACUAGGACAGUUAUUGAUUGUCCUCAUUUAAACUUGACAAGGCAGCCUUGUUUCUUCGUUAUUGCUUAAUAAUGAAUGUUAAAUUUGUCAUAAUAUGUUGUUUUUAUCAAUCCACCAAGCAAGCACUGGAAACAAGCACAUCAAGAGGAACAAAUAGGAUUUACAAAUAUAAGAAAUAAAAGCAAUAUAUACAGGCACAGAACAAGGAUAAAACAGGUUUAUUUUUUCAUAUUAGAAAUUUGGGUUUAGCAGUAUCACACAAUCUGGGCUUACACAAUUAUACAUUUAAAGAACAUAAUUAAAAAUCCUUCACAGUUACACUUAAAGUGCUUUGUUUCUAUUUAGAAGAAUGGACUUGACACACUGCCAGUGAUGAAAAAAACAUAGUGGUUAUUGUGAAAAUGGCAUUCACAUUAUUAAUGCUUAAUCUUACUGAUUCCUGUACCAUUUUAAAUGCGAAAAGUCUCGAAUUUUAAGUAAUUAUAAACUGAUUAAUUUCAAAUAAGUAAUUAUACUUAAUCACCUACGAAUAUAAUUUCUAAAUUUUUUAAAACAUUUACUUUUUCAAUAAAUAUACUGGUUUGCUACUAAAAUCAGAGUAACUGAUUUAAGAUAAUUCUUAUGUUUUGGAAUUUGGACCUUUUUUAACAAUAAAAUACCUAUUAUAUUUAGUUUUAUUUCAUGGUUAUGUCAAAUAAAAUAUUUCUAAAGUACGAUUUAAAUGAAAGUGAUUAACAUCUCAUAAGACACAUUGAAAGAACUUAGACUAUAUUGCUUUUUGCAAGAUAAAACAAUAUAGCGAGACAAAUCAUAAAGGUCGAUAUUUUGGCUUCUUUUGGUGCAAAUUUAGAUGCCUGGAAAUGUCUUUAUGUUUGGCCGUAACAAAAGACAAAAACAACAUGCAAAUAAACAAUUUCUACUGAGGGUCAGUAGAAAAACAA